CUAGCUCCUCCCCCUUGUGUCGUGGCUCCUCCCCCUGACGGAAAAGGUCCCUUAGGCCACUUUGAUCUAGCCUCAACCAUUUCCUGGAUGCGCUGUGGAACGCAUAGACCGGAAGUACGCUGGAACGCACAGACAGGAAGUUAUGUGGAACGCAGAUCGAACUUGUGUGGUGGAACGCAAGAAAAGCGGAAUAAACCGAAGGGAAGUGGGGUGUGUAACUUCCUCCUUAUCAGAACAGACGGUGUGUGGCCGGGGGAUUACACAGUAGUGAGAAGACGUCCGGUGACCAUCUGCUGUGACUCCAUCACUGAUACAUGAGAGACACAAUGACCAGAAGAUCCUGGAACUCACCAACAAGAUCAUUCAGCUGCUGACUGGAGAGGAGUGGGAGUAUAUAGAGGAACACAGGGGUCUGUACAAGGACGUGAUGAUGGAGAAUCACCGGCCUCUCACAUCACUGGAUGGGCCCAGUAACAGAGAUACCCCAGAGAGAUGUCCCCGUCCUCUGUAUUCCCAGGAUUGUACAGAGGAGAAUCCCAGGAUCCCACAGGAGGAUCAGAGUGAACAAUUGACUGAAAUUAAGGCAGAAGAUAUAGAUGGCGAAGAAGAGAGUUAUGAGACUGAUCGUAAAGGAGAAGAUAUAAAGAAGGAAGAGGAGAAAUAUGUGAGGGGAGAUCAGCAGUGUAAGGAGGAGACAAUCCCUACAGAUAUCAGCACAGCAGGUGGACUCCUAGGCAGGAACACCCGGGAAGGGCCUCUCAGUGUAUCUCGAGAUUUUGAUAAAAAAGAUAAAAUCACACAAGAUUCUCCAGGAGACAACCCCAGUAUACAUCCAACACAUGACAGUGCAGCUAUAUCAUCUAACUCCACUCAUCAUGAGGAACGUUCUCCUGAUCACUCAGAUGUUGCCACACGCAGGAGAACUAAUAGGAGAGCUCGUAGAAGAGUUCAUAGAGUUCCUACUAUAGUUUCCUGCUCAGAGUGUGGGAAAUGUUUUACACAUAAAUCAGAGCUUGUUAGACAUGAGAUAAUACAUACAGGUGAGAAACCAUUCACCUGCUCGGAGUGUGGGAAAUGUUAUUCAUUUAAAUCCAGUCUUGUUAUACAUAAGAGAAGUCACACAGGGGAGAAACCAUAUCCAUGCACUCAGUGUGAGAAAUGUUUUAAACAGAAAUCACAUCUUAUUCAUCAUCAGAAACGUCAUACAGGGGAGAAGCCAUUUCCAUGCACUGAGUGUGAGAAACGUUUUUUUAAGAAAUCACAUCUUAUUCGUCAUCAGAAAACUCACACAGGGGAAAAAACAUUUCCAUGCUCUGAGUGUGGGAUACAUUUUAUGCUGAAAUCAAAUCUUGUUGAUCAUCAGAGAUUUCACACAGGGGAGAGACCAUUUCCAUGCUCCGAGUGUGAAAAAUGUUUUAGAACUAAAUCGAAUCUUGCUUCGCAUCUGAGAACUCACACAGGGGAGAAACCAUUUCCAUGUUCUGAGUGCGGGAAACGUUUUCCAAUAAAGUUGGAUCUUGCUAAACAUCAGAGAAUUCACACAGGUGAGAAGCCAUAUACAUGCUCUGAGUGUGGGAAAUGUUUUACACAGAACUCUCAGCUUGUUGUACAUCUGAGACGUCACACAGGGGAGAGACCUUGUCCAUGCUCUGUGUGUGGGAAAUGUUUUAUAAACAAAUCAAAUCUUAUUAGACAUCAGAGAAGUCACACAGGGGAGAAGCUGAUGUCUUCUUGAAGAACCUGAAUACCGCACAAUCUUUAAAGGAAAGCCAAUUCUUGUUACUCAUCAGAAUUACACACAAUAGAAGAGCAAUCCACCCCUGUAUCCUCUUAUUUCAUUAUCAUCCAAAUAUGGAGAAAACAUUUUGCUUUAGAAUCUUUUACUUUUCUAAUAAUCUGCUUCAAAAUAAUCAGGUUCCUAUAAAAUACUGAUAAUCUAAAUAAACUCAGCACCAUUAGCAGCUGGUGAGAGGUUAUCAACAGACCUUUGGAGUAUUAAUACAGAGUAUAAACUGAUUCAGCAGCCGGCAUAGUAGCUUUAUACUAAUCAUUUAUUGUGGUCAAUUGCAUCAUUUUAUCAUUUUGUAUCUUAUAUGCUUUAAUAAAUGUGUAUUUCUUUUUUA